AUGAACUCGUCUCUCCAUGUUGCGGCGUGUGCCAGCGCUGCUCUCUUCGCUAUAUCGCUGGCAGUGUUUUUGCGUUGGCUUAAAGCGGAUUCACAUCUGCGGCUCCCGCCGGGCCCGAACAGAGUACCUCUGUUAGGCAACGUGCAUCAAUUGCCUAUGCAAUCGCAGGAGAAGAAGUUCACGAAAUGGGGUGCAGAGUAUGUAGGCGACAUUGUCUUCGCAAGGUUUUUCAGAACACCAACCCUUGUUAUAAACUCAUUGCAGGCCGCACAUGAUCUCCUUGGAAAGAAGAGCUCGAUAUACUCUUACAGACCCGACUUUGUACUGCUCUCGGAACUAAUGGGUUGGGACUGUGUAGUCACACAUAUGACAUACGGGAACCGGUUUCGCAAGCACCGACGAUGGAUCUUGGACGCCUUCCAAGACAAACAUUCCCUUGAGAGCUACCGCCCGCUUCAGCGAAGGGAGGCAUACAUACUUCUUUCUGGACUCAUUCAGAACCCGGAGUUGUUCAGAUCACACAUUAAGAGGUUCGCAGCAGCAAUGAUUAUGCAGAUUGCGUAUGGCCAUUCGGUGACAUCGUUGGAUGACAAAUUUGUACACCUGGCGGAGCGUGCCGGCAAGGAGACUGUCGAGUAUGGCAACGCAGGGGUCAUGCUAGUCGACUUCUUCCCUCUUCUGAAGCAUAUUCCUCUAUGGAUGCCUGGAUCAGGCUUCAAGAGACGCGCAUUUGAGAUUCGAGAUGUGGUGCGCAAAAUGCUAGAUACCCCGUAUGAGAUGGUCAAGGACGCUAUGAAAUCCGGUACAGCGUCGCCUUGUCUCACGGCGACAUUACUGGAGGAAGUGCUCAGUGAACGUGCGCCGACAAGAGAGGACGAAGACGACAUUAAAGGAACUGCAGGUGUAUUAUAUGGAGGUAAGUCAAAUAGAACAAGUGCUGUCCUUUCGACUUUUGUUCUUGCAAUGGUGCUCUAUCCCGAAGUAUACAAGAAAGCUCAAGCAGAAGUAGACCGGGUCGUUGGACAAGAUCGCCUGCCGGAUUUUGAAGACAGGGAAUCCUUACCGUACUUAGAGUGCGUCGUGAAAGAAGUGUAUCGGUGGAACUGUCCUGUGCCACUUGGGAUUCCUCACAAACUCAUAUCAAAUGAUCAAUAUCAAGGAUUUGAUAUCCCGGGAGGAUCUAUGGUCAUACCUAACAUUUGGGGGAUGACACGUAAUGAUAGUUUCUAUCCGGAGCCAGAGAUGUUCAGGCCCGAGCGUUUUGAGCAGAUGGAUCGCUAUACGGCCGAGGCACGGGAUCCACGCAACAUGGUGUUUGGGUUCGGAAGGCGCGUUUGCCCAGGUCAGGAUUUUGCAGACACGAGUGUGUGGAUUGCUGUUGCCAACAUGGUUGCAACGCUCGACAUCGCUGUUGCUACUGACGAGGCGGGAAAACAAGCCCCACCGACGGGCUCAUUCGUCCCAGGAUUUGUCAGUCACCCGGAAGAAUUUACAUGCAGGAUCACACCGCGAUCUGAGCAAGUGAAGACGGUUGUGUUCGAAACGAGUGCUAAUAUUGUAUUAUAA